GCAGGGCUAAUGACAUGGGGGUAAUGGCUGUGCUUGGCAAAAAUCGGGAAGAACUCUAAGUGACCGCAUCUGAGGCAUUGACUGCUGCACUGUUUGGUGAAGAGACCCCGCCAUGCGUGAAUACAAGCUAGUGGUGCUAGGCUCUGGAGGUGUGGGCAAGUCCGCUCUGACAGUCCAAUUUGUACAGGGAAUAUUUGUGGAGAAAUAUGACCCCACAAUAGAAGACUCCUACAGAAAGCAAGUGGAAGUAGACGGUCAGCAGUGUAUGCUUGAAAUCCUGGACACAGCAGGGACAGAGCAGUUCACGGCGAUGAGGGACCUGUACAUGAAGAACGGCCAAGGCUUCGCUUUAGUAUAUUCCAUCACAGCACAGUCGACGUUUAACGACCUACAGGACUUGAGGGAACAGAUCUUGCGAGUAAAGGACACUGAAGAUGUUCCCAUGAUCCUGGUGGGAAACAAGUGUGACCUGGAGGACGAGAGGGUGGUGGGCAAGGAGCAGGGCCAGAACCUGGCCAGACAGUGGAACAACUGUGCCUUUUUAGAGUCCUCUGCAAAAUCCAAGAUCAACGUUAAUGAGAUCUUCUAUGACCUGGUCAGACAGAUAAAUAGAAAAACGCCGGUGGAAAAGAAGAAGGCGAAAAAGAAAUCAAACUGCACUCUGCUCUAAAGCUCUUGCUCGCAGCAGCUCUGAGCCAGGAUGCUGUGAUGAAGAACUGUUGCCCAAUCGGAACGUGCCAGCAUUCCAACCCCACCCCCAACCCCUACAAUAAACACAAGCGUCAAAAAAGCAAAACAACGAUUCACCCCUCUGCCACGAAAGAAGAGAAGAUUCAACAUAUCUCCAGCAGACUCCUCUCUGGUUUUAUAUCACACAGUCAACCUGAGGAAAGAUUUGGAUUAUUUUUGUCUUUAUUUGAUGAUGGAACAACGGCGAACCCUGCGGUGGCUUCCUCUGUUUCACUCCCAGGCUCUCCACACUUUUUGGAAAUGCAAAUUUAAACAGAAAACGAGAGACUACAGUAUUUCCAGCUUUGUAAUAGUUUAUUCAAAGACAGGAAAGUCAGAAUUAGUUGUAUGAUUAAGAGUACCUUUCCUUAAAACCGCAUGGACCCAUUUCAGAUUCAAUUGUAGAUGUUGCAAGUGAAAUCAAGUUGAAAUAUCUGCCUUUUUUAUAACCAUGUACCCCUCUCUGCACUAAUUGUGUUGGCAGUACUAGAUCAAAGUCCACAUAUAUUUUUGUUUUCCCUACAUCUAUGGAGUUCUCUCCAGCAAAUAACAUCUUUCCUGUGUGACUUUGUUUUAUAUUUGAAGUCACAGGGCUUUCAUAUUUCCCAUAAUAUAUUCUAAUUCCA